AUGACAAGCCCAGCCGCUGCCGGGUCCGAUCGGCCCGCAAUGGCCACGACGACUGUCAAAAUAGACGGCAUGACUUGUGGAGCAUGCACUUCGGCAGUGGAGGGCGCGUUCAAGGGGGUGGAGAGCGUGCAAGACGUCUCCGUCAGCCUUAUAAUGGGCCGAGCUGCUGUGCAACAUGAUCCGACAGUCUUAUCGCCGGCAAAAGUCGCGGAGAUGAUUGAAGAUUGUGGCUUCGAUGCGACAGUCUUAUCAACCGACGAACAGACCAAACCCCACACCGAUGUUGUCUCGGAUACCCCGGCCACGCGGUUCUCGGUCACGAAUCUGGCCGUGGAAGGUAUGACAUGCGGUGCAUGUACUUCUGCAGUGGAAAGCGGGCUGAAAGACGUCAAGGGUGUGAACUCAGUGGACGUAUCCUUGCUUUCUGAGCGUGCCGUGGUGGAGCAUGAUGCUGGUAUCAUCACCGCGGAGCAGAUCGCGGAGAUUAUUGAGGAUCGAGGAUUUGGUGCACGAGUAUUGCAGACAUCCCGAGCUGGACCUGAAGAUUCACCCACCCCGGUCGGCUCGGAUGACAAGACCGGAUUGUUGGUCACGACUGUUGCAGUUGGAGGCAUGACCUGCGGCGCUUGCACGUCUAGCGUUGAGGGUGCCUUGGGUGGUGUGGAUGGUGUGAUCCAGUUCAAUAUCAGUCUUCUGGCAGAGCGUGCGGUGGUUGUCCAUGAUUCAGCCAUCAUCCCUGCCAGCAAAAUCCCAGGUUUAAUAGAGGAUGCCGGAUUUGAUGCGUCGAUCGUGUCAUCGGAGGCGCAGGCGCCUCAGUCAAAGAAGACACAGCAUAUCAACCUUAGCUUGCAUGGAUUACGGGAUGCUGCUUCUGCUUCUGCAUUGGAAGAAAGCUUACUGCAGAAAGCUGGUGUCCACUCGGCAUCAAUCAAAAUGUCCAACUCCCGGAUAGCGAUCUCCUUCGACCCAUCAAUUAUUGGAAUUCGAUCUGUGGUGGAUGUGAUUGAGACCGCUGGAUAUAACGCUCUGAUGGUGGACUCGGACGAUACGAACGCACAAUUACAGUCACUUUCAAAGACAAAGGAGAUUCAAGAGUGGAGGCGUGCAUUCAUCAUCUCCGCAUCCUUUGCAGUGCCCGUCUUCCUCAUCAGCAUGGUUCUUCCCAUGUAUCUGACCAGUCUUGACUUUGGUGGCUUUGAACUCAUCCCAGGCCUCUAUUUUGGAGACUUGAUUUGCCUUUGUCUCACAGUACCCGUGCAAUUUGGCAUUGGUAGACGAUUCUAUGUGACAAGCUUCAAGUCCCUCAAGCACCGCUCCCCAACCAUGGAUGUCCUCGUUAUGUUGGGAACUUCCGCUGCAUUCUUUUAUAGCUGUUUCACCAUGACCAUGGCCCUUUGCAGCAUCGAUCACAAACGCCCAAGCACCGUGUUUGACACCAGCACUAUGCUGAUCACGUUUAUCACUUUGGGGCGGUGGUUGGAGAACCGCGCCAAGGGUCAAACUUCCGCUGCUUUAUCACGACUCAUGUCUUUGACUCCAUCUAUGACGACUAUUUAUGAAGACCCCAUUGCGGCAGAGAAGUUAGCUGAGCGCUGGUCUUCGAAGCCCAAACCUGGUGCCUCUGACGAACCUGCUCUGGCCGAUGAUAUGACAGUGAACCAAAAGGGCAUUCCCACCGAGCUGAUACAAGUUGGCGACAUUGUCAUCCUUCACCCCGGUGACAAAGUGUCUGCGGAUGGAGUAGUCAUUCGCGGCGAGAGCUAUGUUGACGAGAGUAUGAUCAGCGGAGAAGCACUACCAAUUCACAAGAAAAUUGGCAGUCAUGUCGUUGCUGGAACCGUGAACGGUACCAACUCGAUUGACUUCAAGGUCCUCCGAGCUGGUAAAGACACUCAACUUAGUCAGAUUGUCAAGUUGGUACAGGACGCACAAACCAGCCGUGCUCCAAUUCAGCGUAUGGCUGAUAUUGUUGCUGGAUACUUUGUACCCACUAUUAUUGGCCUCGGUUUGAUCACCUUCUUUGGCUGGAUGUUCCUCAGUCAUGUAUUGCCUCAUCCGCCUAUGAUUUUCGAAGUCGAAAGCAGUGGCGGUCGAGUCAUGGUCUGUCUGAAACUCUGCAUUUCGGUUAUUGUCUUUGCAUGCCCCUGUGCUUUAGGUUUGAGCACACCGACUGCUGUGAUGGUUGGCACUGGAGUAGGCGCAGAGCAUGGCAUUCUUGUUAAAGGUGGAGCUGUUCUGGAAGCCGCUACCAAGGUCACUCAUGUUGUCUUUGAUAAGACUGGCACCCUGACUACAGGAAAGAUGAGCGUUGCUCACACUCGGAUUGAACCUCAAUGGACAGUGAGCGAUUGGCGCCGUCAACUCUGGUGGCUCAUUGUCGGUCUGUCAGAGACUGGCAGUGAGCACCCAAUUGGACGGGCCAUUCUUUUUGCAGCCAAAACCGAAUCAGGACACCCUGGAGAAGAUGGAUUGCCUGGCAUCAUGGGUGACUUUGACAACUGUGUUGGCAAGGGAAUAUCUGCUUCCGUUGAACCUACAUCUAGCGGCGAGCGUAUUCGGUAUAAUGUCCUUCUGGGCAACGCUGAAUACCUCCGUUCAAAUAAUGUUCUCAUGCCUGCUGAUGCAGACCCCGACUCCGCGGCAUCUGGUUCUAUCCUCGAUACUGAGGCUGUUAAGCCCAGCAGCUCGGGAUCUGGCAUCACACGAAUCCACGUCGCAAUUGAUAACCACUACGCUGGCACCAUCUCUCUUCGAGACAGAGUCAAGGACACAGCGGCAGCCGCAGUGGCUGCCCUGCACCGUAUGGGAAUCUCAACCUCAAUGGUGACAGGCGACACACUCUCCACAGCAACGGCGAUUGCAAUGGCUGUGGGCAUACCCAAAUCGGCAAUUCACGCUUCUGUCUCACCAUCUGAAAAACGAUCCAUCGUGUCUGCCCUUCAAGCUGAAGGCGAACGCGUUGCCAUGGUAGGCGACGGCAUCAAUGACUCUCCCGCACUAGCAACAGCAUCCGUCGGAAUUGCCCUCGCCUCCGGCACAGACGUCGCCGUGGAAGCAGCUGACAUUGUCCUAAUGCGUCCGGAUGACUUACUCUCCGUGCCAGCCAGUCUGUCCCUCUCGCGCUCUGUCUUUAAACGCAUCAAGAUGAACUUGAUGUGGGCCUGCCUGUACAAUGUCAUUGGUCUGCCAUUUGCAAUGGGCCUCUUCCUCCCCUUUACUGGCUUCAUGCUACCACCCAUGGCCGCCGGUGCUGCAAUGGCCCUUUCCAGUGUUUCAGUCGUGGUCAGCAGUCUCCUUCUGAAAUUCUGGAGCCGUCCCUCUUGGAUGACAACCGAACGUCUCGAGAAGGAAAUCGCCUCCGGUACAAUCUCCGCAGCUGGUAUCGGCCGUGGCGCUCACGCCCGCAAGCACAGCUGGUGGUCUCCGGCCGCCAUCAUGUCCGACAGUCCACGCUCUCUCCGUCGUCGGGUUGGAAGCGUGGCUGCUUCGUUCUGGUCCCUGGUUACUGGCAAGGGUGUCAGAACCACCAUCCGUGAAGACGAGGGUUACGUCCCUCUCCAGACGGUUGAGCCUGUUUGA